CAAAAACACACACACAAACACACGGGUGCGUGUGUAUCGGGGCAGUUGGCGCAAAUGUCAUGUUGCGGUGUUAAGAUAAGGCUUGCAAUUCAAAGCACUGUCUUUUACUCACCGCCGUUCAGUUGAGUUUUAAUUUCUUUUUCUUUUGCAAUUUUAUUUUAUUUUUUAUCUUUUUUGUCGCUUUGUUUAACAAAUCUACGCGGGGAAGGUGGUAUCUGUAUCCAUUAUUUAUGGGUCAUAUUUAUUGACCAUUUCCUUUCGCCAAUCACCACGCUCCAUUGUUAAAGCUUCUGCCUUUAUCUUAAUUUUUCGUUUCAAUAUUUAAUGAGGGGUUUUUCUCGUCUUCCUAAAAUUAAGUGAAUAUCAAUCCACCGUUUGUCACAAGCAUACAAACAUCUUCUUCACCUCUAUCCCUUUCCUUCACGUUAUACCAUAUAUUUAGUUUACAGGAAAGAAAUAGGUUGAAAACGAUUGAGAUUGAAAUAAUAGUAAGUUUAUUAUAUGGAAUUGGGAAUCUUUUGUUUCUCUCGUAGUACAUCAGAAGCUAGCAGAAAGCUAGGAAAAAAUCAAAUCUUGAAAUCGUUUAAGCAUGAUGUGUGGAUUAUGAAGUCUUCAGAUUUCGAUCUGGAUGUUGUUCAUAUUUAGUAUUUAAUAUCCAGAAAGAUUUUACUUGCCAUCCAAGUGAUCAACUUUGCAAUUUUAUAUGCUCUUUAAAAGUCUCUUUACUUAAUUGUCAACUCAUUGCGCGUGAAGGGAUCAAUAUAAUAUAGGUACUACUUUUAAUGGGUUUAUAAGAAUUGGUUUCAAAUUGCGAUCAAGCUUUUGUUGGAGGUGUUUCUCGGCGACUCUUCUUAGUGGUCUUCGGAGCAGUUUUCCAAAAUGAUUCAGAACAUGCCUUUCAAGGAUUUCUUCACCGAAUACGGUGAGGCAAAUCUGUACGAAAUCGAAGAAGUCGUCGGAAAAGGGAGCUAUGGGGUCGUCGCUGCUGCUGUCGACACUCACACAGGAGAAAAAGUAGCAAUAAAGAAAAUCAAUAAUAUUUUCGAGCAUGUGUCUGAGGCCACCCGAAUUCUGAGAGAGAUCAAACUCCUUCGUUUGCUUAGGCAUCCGGAUAUUGUCGAGAUAAAGCAUAUCAUGUUGCCCCCUUGCAGAAGAGAGUUUAAGGAUAUAUAUGUCGUGUUUGAGUUGAUGGAGACUGACCUUCACCACGUGAUCAAGACAAACGAUGAUCUAACGCCCGGCCACCAUCAAUUCUUUCUGUAUCAGCUGCUUCGUGCUUUGAAAUAUAUACAUUCAGCAAAUGUUUUCCACAGGGACUUGAAGCCCAAAAACAUCCUUGCUAAUGCAGACUGCAAACUGAAGAUUUGUGAUUUUGGGCUUGCUCGUGCAUCAUUUGGUGACGCGCCAUCUGCUGUUUUUUGGACUGAUUAUGUGGCUACCCGGUGGUAUCGUGCUCCUGAACUUUGUGGUUCCUUUUUUUCCAAAUACACCCCGGCCAUCGACAUCUGGAGCAUUGGAUGCAUAUUUGCUGAAAUGAUUAUUGGUAAACCGUUAUUUCCUGGCAAAAAUGUGGUUCAUCAAUUGGAACUCAUAACUGAUAUUCUCGGUUCGCCAUCUGCUGAAGCCAUUUCAAGGAUUCGAAAUGAAAAGGCAAGGAGAUAUUUGAGUAGCAUGAGAAAGAAACCAGCCAUACCUCUCUCACAAAGGUUCCCAAAUAUCGAUCCCUUGGCUCUUCGUUUACUUGAACGUUUAAUUGCGUUUGAUCCCAAAGAUCGUCCAUCUGCCGAAGAAGCUCUAUCAGAUCCGUACUUUUAUGGGUUGGCAAAUGUAGAAGAAGAGCCAUCGACUCAGCCGAUCUCGAAAUUCGAGUUUGAGUUUGAAAGAAGAACGCUAUCAAAAGACGACGUGAGGGAAUUGAUCUAUAGGGAGAUCUUGGAGUAUCAUCCCCAGAUGCUCCAGGAGUACCUCCAAGGCGUGGACCAGAUUCACUUUAUGUAUCCAAGUGGGGUGGAUCAGUUUAAGCAACAAUUUUUCCGACUCGAGGGUCAACCUGGUAAAGCCGACAAACCUCCAUUGAGAAGACGAUAUGCCUCUUUGCCCAGAGAACGUAUAUGUGGGCUGAUAGAUGAGGAUCUCGACGAAAAUAGUGAGGCCAAUGGCCCAACAGUGGUUGCUAUUCCACGAGCACGCCUUGUUAGCCCCAAGAAGCCAUUGGAUGCCGUUGAAGGAACUGAGACGGCUAACGCUACCAUAAAAACUAAGAAAAACGGCACUAAGAAAUCGUGUUGUAGUGCACGAUGCUUGUUAAGAAGUGACAGUAUUAGUGCCUCCAAGUGUAUUGGCGUGGAAGGAUCAGACUACUGUUAGGUAUGAGAAAAUCAAUAUGAUGAGGGUGGUUCUGGAUAAGCAAAAGCUUCUUCAAUUUGUGGGCUUUUUUAAGUUUUCUUUGUGAGCUCAAACUUUUUGUACCGUUUGGAUUGCUGAAGAUUUGGGCUGUAUUCUAUUUAAAAUUUGGUUUAAGCAUAUUGGAUGAUCAAACUGGCUCGUCCAUUUAUCGACAAUAGUUUUACACCGUGGACCCUUUACCAUUAAAACUAGAAUUUCGCUUGUGUGAUUGAUUUGCUAACAAAAAACAUCCGUUCUCGUGGUUCAAAUAUAGUUAGUGUACAUUAGAAUUACGGUUGCGUAGGUCGGUUAGGCAUUUAUAUUUUUUUUUUAAUGGUUAUGCAUGUUUUUAAUUGAAAUAUGAUAUUUUAAAAUAUAGUAAUAAAAAUAUGAUAUUUUUAGAAAGUAUGAUAAACAAAA